AUGAGGGUCAAUCGGGUUCAGGGUCGCCCCAUCGCUGGUGCUAGUCGCGCGAUUCGCAAGCUAUCGCUUCGUUCCGACACCCUCAUCCACCGACACGUCUCCCACUGUCUCCUUAUGCUACCUCAAUGGCAGCGCCAGUCAACAUCCGUCCACCAGUUCCCGCGACUAUUGACUCGGUCGCGGUCCCGUCGAUUCGCUAACCCUUCCGUCCCCGAACUUACCCCAAAGACGCGUAUUGUGAUUAGUUCAUGA